ACGAACGUAUUGAAUUUCGACUACUACGAAUAUCGACUAUUAAAUAUCGACUACCACGUACCCGGUGUUAAUCGAAUGUCAUUGUUUUCGAAAGCAUUUCAAGUUAAUGCAGUUUUUAUCUGUACCCGAUUAUGUGAAGUUCUACGAGAUAAUUCACAUCGAGUGUAUUAAGUUUUACACUCUAACGUUACGUGAUCAUAAAAACUUAUUUGUCAAUUUGAUCGACAGAAAAACGUCUGAAUCACAAUAUGGAGGACAUCAAUAAGGAUGACAGUGCGUCGCCAAAUGCGAAUUUCGUCAUCGUUGGUGCAGGAUUGGUUGGCUGUUUAGCUUCUGUUUAUCUGUCCAAAUUGGGAUUCAAAGUGAACGUUUACGAGUACAGAGAAGAUAUCAGAAAAAACGUCCAAACUCGUGGAAAAUCCAUCAAUCUAGCAUUGUCUCACAGAGGAUUGGAAGCUUUGAAAAAUGCCGAUAUUGCCUUGGCCGAUUUCACUCAUAUGCUGGUGCCUAUGAAGGGACGUAUGAUUCAUAAACGUAAUGCAAAUUGCGAAGCUCUAAUGUACGAUGUUAAAUACCAACGACAUAUAUACUCGAUCGGAAGAAACGAAUUGAAUAAAAUGUUACUAAAUGAAGCUGAAAAAAAGGGCGUUAAAUUCAACUUCCGAUGCAAAGUGGUAAAAGUAGAUUUUCAAAAGAAAAUUUUAAACAUUUCCCAGCAAUCGUCAAACGAAGACAAACCUCAGGAAGUGAAAUACGAUUAUUUGAUCGGAUGCGACGGAGCUUACUCUACGAUUCGUCAUUGUAUGAUGAGAACACCGUUAUUCAAUUUCAGCCAGACGUAUAUCGAUCACGGUUACAUGGAGCUCAGCAUCCCUGUUAAUGCCCAACAGUCUGAAAAAAACAAAAUGACGCCAAAUCAUUUACACAUAUGGCCCAGAGUUACGUUCAUGAUGAUAGCGCUGCCAAAUGAGGACGGAUCUUGGACGGUAACGCUAUUCAUGCCGUUCGAGCAAUUUGGUAAAAUUAAAAAUCGGCACGAUUUGUUGGAUUUUUUUGGGCAACACUUCGCCGACGCUUUACCACUGAUUGGACAUCAGAAUUUAAUCGAGACGUUUUUCAGUUCAACUCCACAACCUUUGGUUUCCAUCAAGUGUGACAAGUACACAGUCGGUAAUGAUUGUUUGAUUAUGGGAGACGCCGCUCACGCUGUUGUGCCAUUUUUCGGCCAAGGCAUGAACGCUGGCUUCGAAGACUGUCAAAUUUUGUAUGAAAUUCUCAAGCACGAACCUUCUUCGAAAGCGUUCGAAUCGUUUUCGAAAAAACGAAUUAUCGAUACCCAUGCCAUAUCGAAUCUCUCCAUGUACAACUACCUCGAGAUGCGAAAUUUGGUCGUCAGUAAACGAUUUCUACUGUUGAAAAAACUUGACAAUAUGCUCUACAAGUAUUUGUGGAGUGAAAUGUGGAAACCUCUAUACGUACACGUAACGUUUUCAAGUACACCGUACUCGAGAUGCCUUCAAAUACAAAAAUUUCAGCGUCAAGUUCUCAACGCGUUUGGUUUUGCUAUCGUGAUUUUACUGGGCCUUCUAGUACUUGGAAUAAAAUUCAGUUGAAUUCUGUAACAGUUUCUGGUCGCAGGCGGAAGUUCAUUAAAUCAGCAACACAAAUAAGGAAAAAUGUGCGCCUGCAACUGCUCAAGCAGUGUACCACAACUACAUCCAUGUCGACAUAUGUACUUACCUAUUGUAACAUUUACCUACAGCUUACUUCUUGCUUCACUUAAAAAUUUCCAAAAUAAUCCGCAGCUACAAUAAAAAGACUUGGAGGAACUUUUUAUUUUUAUUUUUUUUAUUUUAUUUUAUGUUGAAUUUAGAACCUGAUUUCCAUACUUAAUUGAGGCUUUUAAAAUAAAAAUUGACUUUUCGCUUUCUACA